CUUGCGCUGCAGAGCCCGAGCCUGGAGAUGGCGGUGGGGCAGAUGACGGCUGCUGACUAUCCCGCAGCGUUUGGGAGGGAUGAAGAAGCGGUGCUGCUCCUCGAGAGGACCCAUCGCCGGCAUGAUCCGCGCUGGCUGCUGCCCGUGUCCCCUCACGUCUGCCUGGCCUGCGCCCUGGAGCUGCUGCCGGAGCCCGGCGUGUCGUUGGUGCGCAAGAAACAUGUGGUGUUCUGCUUCCAAGAUGCUCUCGUGAGACACACCUCCUUGGUCACACAGCUGGUAGCUCAGGACCAGAGAGUCUGCAUCCAUUUCGUACGCGUGCUUUUUGGACUGUUAAGCAGUGUGGAAGACGGGAGUGUAGCAAACCUCUGUAUUGAAGUCCUUAUCCAGCUCACCACCCAGCUGAAGCUGGAGCAGAUCAUCCAUUGCCUAGUGAACGAGUGCCACAGAGAACUGUGUAGCAUGCCCUCCAUGGGAAGCAGCCUGGCCACCAUGACUCUUCUUGGCAAGCUGGUGGAUGCCAUCCCUGGUUUGGCGGAUGAGCUGGUAAUGGAGCACGGCAACUUGAUGGAGCAUCUGUUGAGAGGCUUGGUUUACCCCAACGAGGGAGUGCAGGCUUCCAUCUGUUACCUCUAUGGGAAGCUCUACUCCUCGCCCACAGCGGCUGAGAUGCUUUCAGGCCAUUUCCGAGAGAAGCUGUGUCCCCUCUUCCUCUCCACCCUGGACAAUGCCCAGACCAAGGAGCUGCAGUUCAACUGCCUGGGUUUGCUAAGGCAGUUGCUGAAGUACGAUCUCUUCGUGUCCGUGAUCAUGAACAAGUCUGUGCUGGCGGAGAAUGCUGAGAGCGCAGAGCGGCCAUCAAGAGAGACCUCUCUGCCUCUGGUGCUCAAAAAGUUUCUGCUCUCCAGAGACGAGAUCCUGCAGGUGGCUAGCUCCCACUGUAUAACUGCAGUGCUGAUCCACUCCCCUGCAAAGCAUGCUGUUGCCUUCAUUCAUGCUGACAUCCCAGAGUUCCUCUUCGAGCAUCUUUCAUCCUCCAGCGAAGUGCUUGUGUGGUCCAGCUACAAUUGCUUGAUCCUCCUGGCAGAAGAACCCCUCUUCUUUUCCAAGUGCCACACCGUGUAUGGGAUUGAGGCCGUGGUGAGGAGCCUCCAGGGAAGCCUGCAGAUGACCAACACCGAACUGCAUAAGCAGGGCCUGCUGCUCUUUGCUGAAAUUCUGACUCGGCAGCCAGAGGAGGUCAGGCUGUUCACAAGUUCAGCCAUGUGCAGAGAUGCCAGCCGUGCCCUCCAGGAGGCGGUGAGCAGCCCCGUGUUAGACGUAGCCGCUGAAGCUCUGAGGGCCAUUUCAGCUUUUCUGAGGAAGGACCAUCAGAGCUCUUUACCUGUGCAAUACAGAGCACUUCGGGCCUUGCUUGAAGCCAUGCUGAGUCGAUGUAUGGAGUUUUCCCAGACCCCACUGAACAGGAGGCCCCUGGGCCAUGCUGGCAGUAGAAACUCAGAGAAGGCCACUCUUCGAAAGGGGAAAUUCCUCCUGAGCACUCUGGAGGGGUUUAGGAAUGCCUGCAGGUUGGCUGUGGAAUUCCAAGGUGAGCCUUCCGCCCAGGAGAAUCCCUUCACAGCUCCCAGUGCAGAGAAGGAAGAUACCUUGGAGGCCUUCUCAGAAUUUCUUCUCAGUGCCUGUGACUCCCAGUGUAUUCCUAUGAUGAUGAGGUACUCAGAGGAGGCCACGCAUCCCAGCCUGAUGGAAGUUUUCCUCUCCAUUCUGCACAGCCUCUUUGUCAUCGUUCCCCACAUGAAGGUGAAGUUCUCCAGGAAGCUUGCUGACUCGUCAUUCAUACGACUGACCCUGGAGCUGAAGGCCAGGUUCUGCAGUGGCCAGAGUCACUCAUCCCUAAAUCAGGUGUGUUCCAGUUUCCUCUACUACCUGUGCCUCAGUCUCCUCUCAGCUCCCGAGAAGACAAAACCGCCCUCCCAAGAAGAACUCUCUGCAGUGUCUGAGUUCCUGCAGCAUGGGUUGCCCCAGAUCAGCAGCCGGACCCCAGAAAGCCUUGCCUUCCUGUCAGAUCGCCAGUAUGUGGAGGUCGCCGCACGCCAGAGACAGUAUUGCCUCCUGCUCCUCUUCUACCUGGCUCACAUCCAUGACGACAGGUUUGUCCCCGAGGCCGAGUUAUUUGUGGCCGUGCAGAGCUUCCUUUUGUCUGUGCAGGACCAGGGCGAGCGCCCUCCGCCAGCGGUCUGCAGAGCCUCCAUCUAUCUGCUGGCAAUGUGCCAGGACAAGGACAGUGCCCUGGGUGAGGCUGUGAUCAGUGCAAUUAGAAAAUUCCUAGAGGGCAUCUCAGACCUACACCUGGUCUACACUCACCACCCACUCCUGCUCAGAUUCUUCCUGGUUUAUCCAGGGUUGAUGAGCAGGUUUGGUCAUCGUGCCCUGGAACUUUGGUUUUCUUGGGAAGAGUGCAGCUAUGAGAACCUAGAUGACGACUCGUCUCCUGGACGGACCAUCUUUCCUGCCAACUUAGCAGCCCUGUUCCAGAUGCUCAGAAACACGCCUAGCAUCCUGCUCAUUUUGCUGGACCUCGUUUAUUCCAGUCCCAUGGACACAGCCCGCAAGGUGCUGAUUGUCCUGAGGACCUUCAUUCGGGAGAAUGAAGACAUCGAAGUGGGUGGUCUCAUCCGCGGCCACUUCCUGAUCAUCCUGCAGCGCCUGCUGGUGGAGUAUGGAGCUCCCACCUCCGGAGCCUCGGGGAACCUGCCGCUGCUCCUGAACCUCCUCUCCCUGGUGCAGCUGAGGACUGAGCCGGAGCAAGAAUUGGACAGCAUGGCCAUGAAGCUGCUUCACCAAGUCAGCAAACUGUGUGGGAAGUGCAGCCCUGCAGAUGUGGACAUCCUGCAGCCCUCCUUCAACUUCUUGUACUGGAGUCUUCAUAGGACCACACCCAGUAGCCAGAAAAGAGCUGCUGCUGUACUUCUGAGCAGCACCGCCUUGCUUGAGCUGCUGGAGAAGAUGCUGGCGCUUACCUGGACAGAAGUGGGCUCUCCCAGGACUCCACUGCUCUGCUCUGCCUGGCUGCUCACCGCCUCCUUCUCUGCCCAGCAGCACGAUGGCAAUUUGCAGGUUCAUCAGACGUUAUCUGUGGAACUGAGCCAAGUGUUGAAGGCUCUCAGCUUUCCAAAGAAAAAAUCUGCACUGCUCUCAGCUGCCAUCCUACGAUUCCUGCGGACAGCCCUGCAGCAAAGGUUUUCUUCUGCCUUGGUGGCCUUGGUGCCCUCAGGGGGUCAAUUGAUGUCAACUCCUGAGGACACUGUCCUAGCUCCACUGGGAACAUCACAAGUGCUCUCCCUGCUCAUCGGGCUUCAGAACCUCCUGGUGCAGAAAGACCCUGUGCUAUCUCAAGCCUGUGUUGGCUGUCUGGAAGCCUUGCUUGACUACCUGCAUGCCAGGAGCCCCGACCUUGCACUCCAUGUGGCCUCCCAGCCCUGGAAUCGGUUUUUGCUGUUCACCCUCUUGGAUGCUGGAGAUAAUGCCUUCCUCAGACCUGAGAUAUUAAGACUUAUGACUGUGUUUGUGCAGUACCGGAGCAGCAACGUCCUCUCUCGUGAAGAGAUGGGUCUUAUUUUGCAAGGUGCAGCUUUGACUGACCUGUCAGCUCUCCCAAAUGAUACACUCAAGGCCCUGCAUGGCUUCUUCCUGCAGGUCCAGAAUGUGGGUCUCCUGACUGACCACAACACAAUCCAGACCUUGCAGGCCUCCUUGGAGGGCCUUCCCUCCAGUGCCUUCCCAGCCCAGCCACCCCUUCAAGACAUGCUCUGCCUUGGAGGUGUGUAUGUCUCCCUGUCCCACAUCAGAGGCUGAGCCUUAAGGACAUAAAGGCCCAGACACAGAAAGAAGUGAGACCUGUAGACAAAUUCAGGACAAUUGUUGAUGGAAAAAUGACAAUCUGAGUCCUUCAUCUGGAGCCAUUUUACUCCACUGGAAAUGGAAUCAGGAAAUAAAACAAGGCAUUCACGUU